CACCACACCAGUCGAGAAACACGAUGAGAACCCUACAACCCACAUGAAAUCAUCGACCUCCACCCUUAAUCCUACAACCCUCGGCUUAAUUUCUAGUCACAGCUAAACCCUAAAGUGUGGACAAACGGGUCAUUUCUGCAAUGUCCACCAUAGAAAACAAUCUUGACUUUAGGUGUACUUUGGAAAUCCAUGUUGGUGGUAAACUUGUGAGGGGGGGGGGGGCAGGUUGAAUACUUGGGUGGGUUUGUUGCACAAAGCAAGGUAGAUCCAGAUUUCUUCUCAUUUUAUGAUUUCAUGACUGUAAUUAAGGAGAUAGGGUAUUCACAACAAGAUAACAUUAGUGUGUUUUAUAGACUUCCCAACACUGACAUGAACAAUGGCUUAGUUGCAUUGACUUCUCAUGAUGAAAUGCUUAACAUGUUUGCAACACAUUCUCCUGGUAUGAAGUAUUUCUCUAUUGAUAUAUAUGUUGAUUGUCCUAAUGUGGUUGAUUCAGAGGAUGAGGAGGUGAUAGGUAGAGACACGAAUACUGUAGACGAAGGUUGUUUAAUUGAGUUGGGGGUUGACUUACAAGUAGAGGAAGGACAGGGAGGUGUUGACUUAGGAGUAAAGGAAGGACAUGAAGUUGUUGACUUAGAACUUGAAGGUGUAGUUCAAGGUGUGGAUGCAAAUGAAACUGGUCAUAGGGAGAUCCAAAUGGAUGAUGAUGAUAGCUCAGACAUUGAGUGGUUGCCCUAUGAUGAUGGCUCAACUUCCACUGGGUCUUUUAGUGGGGUAGAAGAGUCUUCUGAUGAGGAAGAAGAGGACAAUCUUCCCUUGGUAGGUUUAGGAAAAAACUUGGGUCAAAACAUAGGUGAUGAGCAGGAGGACCUUAGUUCUAACAGUGAUGAUAACAAUUUGGUUGAUGAUGUGAUUGAUGAGGAUGGGAAACCUAUUUUUCCAGAGUUCAAAGAACAUUACAUGAAGAAGCCUGAAUUAAUAGAAGGGAUGAAAUUCCCUAAUGUGCAAGUUCUUAGCAAACUGUUGAGAGAAUAUCAUAUAAAGGAGGGGUAUAUAUUUACAUUUUUGAAGAAUGAGUCUAAGAGGGUCACUAUGAAGUGUACACAUGAUUGUGGCUUUAGACUUCAUGUCUCUCUCAUGUACGAAGAGAGAUCCUUCCAAAUAAAAAAGAUAAAUCAACAAUAAUCAUGUACUGGGAAGUACACUAAUAAUAA